AUGGCCGUUCUCUCCUCUCCGCUACAGCUCAUCUCCUCGAUACCCAUCGUGACCCGCGUCUUCACUGCAACUACAUUGUUGACCUCUCUGUUCUACCUCUGGCUGCGAUGGCAGACUGGCGACCCUCAUUGUGCUCCAUACCUCACGUUGAUUCCCGGAGCUAGCUAUCUGUACCCGUGGACGUUAGUCACGUCCAUGUUUGUCGAGACGAAUGUCAUCGAGUUGCUUGUGACACUCAUCGUCAUUCCGCCAUCACUGCGUUACUUGGAGAGGUUGUGGGGAGCAGCGGAGACCGCGAAGUUUAUUGUGGCGACUGUUGGCGUUUCCAAUAUCAUCGCGUUCGGGCUGAACUGGCUCGAGUUCAUCGUGCUCCGGAAUGCAGACCUUUUCUUGUACGGGAUGCAAUAUCACGGCCAGAUGGCCUUGCAAAUCGGUGUCCUUAUUGCGUUUACGCAACUCAUUCCGGAGCACCAAGUUCAGGUCUUUGGGGUUCUCAAGGCUCGUGUUAAGACCUUGCCCAUGGCCUAUGUCACUUUUUCGACCGUCAUGAGCAUCAUCGGCUUCCAAUGUCCAUAUAUCGUCAUCCAGUUCGGCUUCCUGGUCUCCUGGAUCUGGCUCCGCUUUUACAAGAAAAACAUUGGAGAGGGUAUGGUUGGUGGGGACUCGUAUGGAGACAGGAGCGAGACGUUCGCGCUGUACCACUGGUUCCCUCCUUUCCUUCGCACACCUAUCACCAUGUUGGGCGACUUGGUGUUCAAAUACGCCACUCAGUUCCACCUUAUUCCUGCUUCGAGCGGAGACAUCGAAGCAAAUGGCUACGCCGCAGUACCCGGUGGCGCACGAGCUGAGGCCGAACGAAGACGUGCCAUGGCUCUCAAGGCCCUCGACCAACGUCUCGCCAAUUCCUCAUCCGCCCCCAACGGGUCAUCUCAGCCUUCUCGUCCUUCUGCUGCUGCCGCUGGCCAAGCAGAUGCCCCUCCCAUGCCCUCUUCGCCACCGAAGGCUACGGAAGAAUCUGACGAGCCCAUUGGAGAUGUAGACAUCGGGAGUGGGAAAGGAAAAGCUCGGGAGGACAGCAUUCGGUAG